AAAAGAUCAUCAGAGUUCAUUUUGGAAACCAGAAAGUUGUUUGGGGUUUUUUUUCCCCUCCUUUAUGGUACUCAACAAACACGUCAUGCUUUUGAUCUUGGAGCAAGCGGAGCUUGACAGAGAGGAGAAAGGAGAACAAUCGGAAGGCACCGAGGCUGCUUGAAGGAAAAAUAAUUGUUUGUGUCUGGUGCGGGUAGUUCUUGGAUGUAGCUGGAAAUGUAUUUGUUAAUGUCUGCUUUGUUUCUACUUUUUCCUGGCUGCAGUCAGUUGUGGUUUUGAUCAGAAAAAAUGAAAAUGUCAUCGUAAUAAGAUUAAGAGAUAAUAGGCUUCUCUAAAGAUUUGGAUAUGGAGCCUUUAUUGGAUAUCCAGAAGAUCCUCUAUAGCUGGCAGGGAGGAUUACCAUCUAGCAAAGAAUUGAAUAAUAACAGUAGUUAGACUCUCCCUACCCAGAUAUCACAGGCACUUUGCUAGAAGACCUGCUGUAUUGUCACAAGACCUGCUACACAGCAAGGAAAUGGCUUUGAGUAAAAAAACUUGCGGUCUUGAGACCUGGUCUUCCUCUUCCCAGUCCAAAGGUUUUUCUUCCAUGUUAGCAAUACUUUCCUGUCUCAUUUUGACCUAAAUUUCAGUCUAGGAUUUAUUUCUUGCUAUAGUAGUGCCAACUUCGGCCCAGGAAGUUUUGAUAACUUCUCUUCAGGAGUCAGUCUGGGGAGAAUUGCUUGGAGGCCAUAGAUACAGGAACUGUUCCUGGAAAGAUGGACUUCGUGGAUGCUCAGCUGAAUGCAUCCAGUGCUAAGGGAGAACACGGUGAUGGUUGCAGCACCAAAAGAUCUCUCCUGGACCUGGGUUAGCAUCAGGAUCAAAAUCUGUCUUGUAAUCUCCCAGAUAGACCAGCAGAAUAUCUAAUGCACUAGGGGCUUGGCUGAGCAUGGGGAAACCAGCCUUUGUAGAGGGGGGCGGAGGGGAGGCCCCCUGCUCAGAGUCACCAUUCCUUUCCACUGGCCUCCCGUGUUUUGUUUCCAAGCCCAGUCCCGCCCUGAGGUAUCAUAGAGGCAUCUGUCAAAGCGCUUCCUGUGCGAGUACUAUGCUUUACCUUUCCUUUCGUAUUUUGAUGGCAUCCUGAAUGCAGUAAACGAAACCAAAAUAAAACUGAGCCUAGGGGACCUAUCACGUGAGAAAUUUCUAGAGCAGGGUGCACAGAAGGCACCAGCAAGAUCCUGUGCCCAUCAGCCAGCACUUCCAUGCUAGCAGCUGCAGGACCUCUCUCACAUCACUGUGGGCAGCAGGGGUGCGGGUUGUUGGUCAAGGCACUGUCAUAGAAGCAGAGCACAGAGAUUUCACCCUCAGUCCCUAGAUGUCAAGCUCCAAGGGGACUGGUGUCCAGCAGCUAAGGGGUUGCAUUUAGCAUCCUUACAAACGGCCUUAAUGCCAUGUUGAGAUGACAAAAUCAAGUGUUUGACAGUGUAACAUUGUCCAAAUUCAAGUUGUUUUAGAAAUUUGAACUUGCCCAUGUUGCACUUUUCUCUGUUUCAUGGUGGAAAUUAGUAAUAGAGCAGUGCAUCGCAGCUGGGCAUGAAAGAACCCCUAUGUCGCUUGAUGCAGCUAGUGGGGCAGCUCCCUGGCACAUUUGGAGACUGCACAAUCUGUUUACAGAGCUGAAGCUUUUAGUAAUAAAGGCUCCUUCCCUUACGAUUGUGAAGAAACUUUGCAAAAGCAGCUGGUGUUGCGCUGCAUGCUGGAGCCUGCUGUCAACCCUAAUGCCCUCUGCUGCUGCUCAGAUUUGUCAGUGGUUGCAGACUGCUUGGGUACACAAUGACAGUUCACAUCUUUGGGUUGCAGUGAUCUGAUAAGUGAUAACUAUAUCUGCUUGCCCUACUGCUGUCCAUGUGUGAGAGCUGCAGAAGCAAGUGCUGGGUCAGGGCAGAGGAAUAGAGCCUUGGGUAAGAGUGAAAUGGAGGCCUCAUCUUUCUCUCUUCUCCCCAGCGUCAAGUCUGAAGAGGGGGAAGAAGAGGCAGGACACUUCUGUUUCCAUCCAGUAGUGGAGGAGAAAGGCGGGUGCUUUGAAUUAAACAGGCACCACGUGGAUUUAUUGGAGCUGCAGGACAAUACCAAAUUCCAGAGCUUGCAGCUGGAGCGGGAAAUGUGCCUGGCUUUAAACUAUACUCUGGCCAAGGAAAACCUGUCCUUGCAGCCACAGCUAGAGAAUGGCAAAGCUUCACUGGCCAUAAAAUACCAGGAGCUGAAGGAGAUGAGGGAGGCGUGUCAAGAAAAGCAACAGCGAGUGGCGGCCUACCUGGAGAAGUGGAACCCCCAGAGUGCUCUGACCCGUCUCCAGGCCGAUCUGGAUGCAGCUGAGACAGAGUCGGAGGUGCAGAUGGAGAAAUUCCUGUCCCAGGAGAUGCCUCUGGAUGCCUUCCUGGAAUCCUUCCAGCAGAGCCGGAUGGUGUCCCACCUCCGCCGGACGCAGGUGGAGAAGCUUCAGGAGCUCCUGAAGAAGCCACCCAGCCUGCGCUCCACGUGUUCCAAGGGACAGGAACCCCCCUCGCCAAGCCCAGCUCCCACCCACAUCGCUCUGGUGCAGAACAAAGCCACGCCCAAGAUGUUCCAGCUCCACUAUGGCUUUACUCCUGCCAUUCUGGUCUCCUCAGAUGCUGUCAUCCCCUUCCCUAUGGCUGUUGCCCCUCCCAGCCGAAACCUCCCUCCCCUAGGACCCAGUGCAGGCCAGAUGCCAGUGUCUCGUGCCCACCCUCCGCGCCUGUGCUCCCCUCUGCGGCUCAUGGGACACAUCUCUCUGUUAAGCCCACGGCCUUUUCGGGUGGAGCCCUCACGCUUAUCCUGCCAACAGAAGCAGGAGCCACCUCACCGGUAGCUGGGAGGAGUGAUGGGAUGUCCUCAUACCUGAGCCCUUGUUGCACCCACUGGCCUGUUUAUGUGAACUUCUUACAUCAGAGAAUGAACCUGAGCUGAGCACAUGGCACCCCCCAGCCAGGCAGCUUGAAGGCAUAAUUCAAUUCCUUCCCAUGCCCUUGUGAAGCUGGCAGGGUGGGGGGCAAUGGGAUGGCUACCUGGAAGUGCUCAAGGAUGCAGCAGCCAGCAGUAUGGUUUGCUAGCUGUCAAGUGGUCCACUGGACUCCACAGGUGGGAGAGGGAGUCUGAGACCAGUGGUUGCACUAUGGGGUUUCCCAAGAAGCUGGGUGCUGCCAUGGCAGAUGUCACUCUGAGUCUGUAGUGGUGACUGAUAAUCAGGCAGGGGUAUUUGGUUUGGGGUGUUGGGAGUGGUUUUUAGGUUUGAGGGACAGCUGAUAGCUUCAGCCAGUUCAUGUGGGAGGGGAGGGAAGGGAGGAAAGGGGAGAAGAUGGCUGUCACGCUUCAGGGACGGAACGGCUUCUUUGUGAUGGAGGCGAUUACAGCGCAGCCAUGUUCCUGUGAGGUUCCAGUGACAGCAGGGGUCAUGGGGGCAGAGGGAAGAGUGGAUGGGAGCAGGCCACCAGGUUACAGUGGCAGUGAGUAAGAUGCACUGCAGAGACUAUUCCAGCUCUGGAAGAAAAAGGGCUUGCCCUGCUGUCACCCUCUUCUCCUGUUCUGCCUGUUCGUAGGAUAUAGGUAAUUCCUGUGCAUUGAGUGCAAGUUGUUAUGGGUGGGGAGUUCUACAGGGACAAGUAUGAGCCCCCCAUAUGGUGCUGGGCUUGUUUCAUGCAUGUGUGGGGUGUGUUGGAGGGCUACCCAAGGAAGACCGGGCAUGAAAGUUGAUUUCCAAAUAAAGGCGUUUUCCAGACUUUCCUCUUUGCUUCUGACUUGUACUGUCAGAGGUGCUCUGCCCACCAUUCUGCACCUGCCC